CGUCUCAUCUGUUGGCCGCCUCUCAGAUAUGUGCUGUGUGUGCUGGUGAGGUUCAGAGAUCAGAUAUCCGUGCAGCUGAGGAGCGGGGAACGGCGCACCAAAAACAUGAAAGACAGGAGAGAAAGUUUUCCCGCGUGGAAACUUUUGCUGGUGGGGAUGUCUGUGCUGCUGCUUCUGGGCUGUGCAGGUUUGGUUCUGCUGUGGGUUCAGCACAAGGAGCUGGCAGAGGAGCUGGUCAGGCUGGAGUCCCAGAUGCAGGAGUUGGCACAGUGCUGCAGGCGGCAAGCAGAACUGCUGCCAGAUGAACUCGGAGAGACUGGAGAGUUGAGGAAACUCAGACGCAGCAGACGGAACCAGGAGGGAGAGCAGGACAAGAUGAUGCUGGUCACAUACUCUGUGGUUCCUAUCAAAGCCUACCUAGAUCUGUGCAACAGCUCCAGAGGAUUUUGUUUAAUGGGUCCACCUGGACCCCCAGGUGUGCCAGGCCCACCAGGACCGACGGGUGUGCCGGGCCCACAUGGCAGACGAGGACGACCAGGUCCUCCUGGUCCUCCCUGUCCUGCUUGUUGUCCAACUGAAGCAAAAAGUAGGAGUCACAGAAAUAAAUCAAAGGAUCGAGUUACAUCACAUCUAGGCGAUGAAACCAGAGACGUUCUGAAUGUUACUGGACCUGUGAAGCUUCAGGACACAAAACACGAAUCUGUAUCUUUUCAAAAAGAGGUUAUUGUUUCACUGAACGAUACCAGAACCGAAAAUGUCACACAGACACCAAUUACACCAGUGUUUCUAGCUGUUGACUCCGGUGGAAACAUCGAUCCUUCAACUGGAGGCUCAGAUGUCACUGAUAGCACAGCAACAAGUGAGUUAGUAUCGCCUCGUCCAGACUAUUUACCUGCACACCGGAUGAACACCAGCUCAGAAAUCAGAAGAGAAACGUUAAAACAUUUGACAACAGUGUCACCAACACCGAAUGUUGACCAUGAUGACAAAGAAGCCUUGAACACUACUGACUUUGAGAAACUUCAUCAUAGAAACUUUAAACCUGAAAUACCAAAACCUCAUCCAGCUGAAAAUAUCCUGAAUGGCUCAAAGUUUAAGGAACAACUAGGCACAAAACGUGAGCCUGAGUCAGAGCUGAUUUCUAAAAAUGACUGGGACUCUAAAAAUGUUACAGAGGACGUUAAAUUCAUUAGCGAUGAAGUUGGUGAAGACCAAAACAAGAACACCUUUAAUGCCAGCAGGGUGCAAACGAGCUCCGAAAGUGAUCGAGUUACAUCACAUCUAGGCGAUGAAACCAGAGACGUUCUGAAUGUUACUGGACCUGUGAAGCUUCAGGACACAAAACACGAAUCUGUAUCUUUUCAAAAAGAGGUUAUUGUUUCACUGAACGAUACCAGAACCGAAAAUGUCACACAGACACCAAUUACACCAGUGUUUCUAGCUGUUGACUCCGGUGGAAACAUCGAUCCUUCAACUGGAGGCUCAGAUGUCACUGAUAGCACAGCAACAAGUGAGUUAGUAUCGCCUCGUCCAGACUAUUUACCUGCACACCGGAUGAACACCAGCUCAGAAAUCAGAAGAGAAACGUUAAAACAUUUGACAACAGUGUCACCAACACCGAAUGUUGACCAUGAUGACAAAGAAGCCUUGAACACUACUGACUUUGAGAAACUUCAUCAUAGAAACUUUAAACCUGAAAUACCAAAACCUCAUCCAGCUGAAAAUAUCCUGAAUGGCUCAAAGUUUAAGGAACAACUAGGCACAAAACGUGAGCCUGAGUCAGAGCUGAUUUCUAAAAAUGACUGGGACUCUAAAAAUGUUACAGAGGACGUUAAAUUCAUUAGCGAUGAAGUUGGUGAAGACCAAAACAAGAACACCUUUAAUGCCAGCAGGGUGCAAACGAGCUCCGAAAGUGGUCCUCCUGGUCCUCCCUGUCCUGCUUGUGAUUCAACUGAAGCAAAAAGUAGGAAUUACAGAAAUAAAGCAAUGGAUCGAGUUACAUCACAUCUAGGCGAUGAAACCAGAGACGUUCUGAAUGUUACUGGACCUGUGAAGCUUCAGGACACAAAACACGAAUCUGUAUCUUUUCAAAAAGAGGUUAUUGUUUCACUGAACGAUACCAGAACCGAAAAUGUCACACAGACACCAAUUACACCAGUACAACCAACACGAGAUUCAGCUAAUGUCACCACAGAUGCUUUUAUAGUUUCCGGCUCAUAUGAACGUCCAGAUGAAAAGAUACAACCUGAGCCAGAGCCAUCUGAUGAAGGUGAAAUGGUGACUGUAGAGAAUUUAGAGAGACCAAUAAAAUUAUUACACGGUCCAGUUGAUACCUUCAAUGAUAGCAGAGGACGGGUCAUCACUGACACAAGCUUCAAAAGUGGAUCGAGUGAAACCAACCGAAGCAGCAAAACCUUCACUUCCGACCCAGUCGCGAAUGAAACUAGAGUAAAAAAUGCUUCACCUUCUGCUGAUGACAGUCAGAGAAGAAACUCUUUGAACGGCAGCAGAAACAUUGUAGACAAACCAAUGAAAAGUGAGUCUUCCCAACGUGUCCCAACCUACAAGAAGAGCAAUGGAACUGACAAUGAAAAAAUGACAAAAAAAGGUUGCAACAUUAACGCCAUCAAAUGUUCAGAUAAGUCUAUUAACAUGCAACUCACCUUCGGAGCCUGGAUGUCGGAUGCAUCCUGGCCUGAUGAUCGGAUCUGGGUGGCAGAACAUUUUUCAGGUCGUGAAUUGAAGCAGUUGAAGAACAUUUCGGACACCAAGCAGAAAUUUAUAGAUAUUGCGAAGUACUACCAAGGCUGUGGUCAUGUUGUUUAUAAGAAUUCAUUUUACUUCCACAAUGGAGGAACAAAUAAUCUUUUGAAGUUUACCUUGAACACAAAGAAUACAAGCUCCCUGGAAAUGCCAAACAGCAAAUAUAAGAGCCUGAGAUAUCUUUUCCACAACUCAAAGACUUAUUUCAAGUUUGCCGUGGAUGAAAACGGACUGUGGGUCAUCUUUGCCUCGUAUACAGACAGUAACACGAUGGUGGCAAAACUGGACCCAGACGCUUUCUCUGUGCUGUCCAUAAUUAACACUGGCUAUCCUUCAGCAAAAGCAGGAAAUGCCUUCAUUGUGUGCGGGGUGGUGUAUUUUACCGAUAACAGUGACAAGCGUGUGACAUAUGCCUUUGAUUUGAUGACACAGAGUUAUGUGGAUGCAAGUUUUGAUUUAAGGGCAGGAGACGGUACCUUAGCUAUGCUGUCCUAUUAUCCCAACAAAAGACUGUUGUACAUGUGGGACAACAAAAGCGCGAGAACAUGUAAGAUUAAAUUCAAGAACACCUAAAAAAGUCUUACAAGUUCCCUAUUUUUAUAAAAGUGCUUUAAAAAUAAAAUCUUAAUUUUUUUUUCUGUUUU